UGUUCAGUGAUGAAGUAAACAGAAAUAAAUAUUUUAAGGUUUUUAAAAUUUCGUUGUAAUAUACUAAAUAACAUCUUAAUUAGUAAUAAUAUUUAGUUAAAAAUGGGACGAAGAUCAAUAAACACCACCAAAAGUGGUAAAUAUAUGAAUCCCACAGACCAAGCAAGAAAAGAGGCUCGAAAGCAAGAGUUAAAGAAGAAUAAAAAACAGCGGCAGAUGGUAAGAGCUGCCGUUUUGAAGGGAAAGGAUCCACAACAAAUUUUAGAAGAAAUGGAAAAAAUUGACCAAAUGGAAUAUAAUGUAAAUCAGCCAUCACCGUUAAAUGAAAAAGUUUUAAAAGAUAAGAGAAAGAAAUUACGGGAUACUUUAGAAAGGGUGCUAAUUAUGUAUUAUAAGGAUGAUCCUGAAAAGUGGUCCGACUUGAAACGAAAACAAAACGAUUACGAACAGAAGAGAAAUCAGUUAGUUGCAUUUUAUGAAUCAGUAAAAAGUGCUCAACAAGUUACAGUAGAUGAAAUUCCACUCCCUCAGUUACCACAACAAGCAGCACCUGCUAAUACAGCUGCACAAAUUCCUUUGCCUACAAGUGAAAGAAGACAAGAACACACUAUAUAUUCAAUAGCGACAGCUUUAAAGUUUCAGGCACUGGGACAGCCAGUUAGAGAGCCUCCUGGAUGUCCACCGGGUCCUCCUCCGGACAUAAAUGAUGAUGGAGAGGUAGAGGAAUUCACCACAAAAGUGACAGAGGAGGAGAAAGAGGUGGAAGAUGAAAUUAUAAACGAUCCAGAGGUGGCGACUGUGAAACCUACCUCAUUGCAACAGAAAAUGGUAGCUCUUUCGGGGCAGAACGUAGACGAGUUUAUGAAAGAAAUGGAAACGGUUCAGAAAAAAUUAGAAUCAAGUAGGGAAGAAGAAAAUAGGGCCAAACUCACAGCACAUAUCGAACCUUUGGUACCUCCGGGUACAUCGGAUACUCUACCUACCCUUCCUACUGCAAACCCACCUAUGCCACCUCCUCACAUGUUCCCGAGCGCAGGUAUCAGACUACCACCAGGUCCGCCUCCUGGCAGGCCUUUAAUGCCACCCGGACCGCCUCCUGGCUUGCCACCAAGGCUGCCGAUUAGAAUGCCACAAGUAACUCCCAGGAUGAUUCGCCUUCCCGGCCCUCCUUCAGGUAUAGGCGGGCAAGGAGUUCAGCUUCUUCAGCCGAACGUCUUAUCGGCUGCACCUCAGCUUAUCAACCGCUCGGAAUCCACCAAACAGGGUGCCACCAUUUCCGCUAAGCCGCAAAUUAGAAAUUUAAGUGCCGAUAUCACACGUUUCGUUCCGUCUGCACUUAGGGUCAAAAGAGAAGACAAGAAACCUAAACAGAACCAGAGUGCCCUAGUUCGUGAAUUAAAACAAAAGGAACUUACUAUGCACCAGAAUGCACUUGCCGGGCAACACACCAAAGACGACGCUUAUAAACAGUUCAUGCAAGAAAUGGAACAGCUUUUGUAAAAAAAAUUCAGAAGGGUACAACCUGCAGGAUAAUUCCAGUAAUUUUACUCGUCUGAUAACAAAUUUAUUUUUUGAAUAUGACUUCGACUUGAAUUGCUUUGUAAUUGGAAAGUUUUAAUGUUAAACUGUACUGCAUAUUGUUUGAUAGAGAAAAAAAUAUGGAGGUAUCUUCUGCCACGAAAGAAAAUUAUUUAUCUAAGGCUGUCUCCUUCCGAGUU